AGCACUACUCUGAGCUCUGGCAUGUCUUCUGGGCAUCCAACAUCUUUUCAGGGUCCACAACUACCACCACCAAUGCAGCAGCAAAUAUCUUUACCACCUGGAUCACAAGUUCCUCCAUCAGCAAGUAAUGUUAAUGGCCUUUGUGCUCAGUCAUCAUUGCCUCCUAUGGCCAGACAAGAUGGGAUCCCUGGAUCUGUCCCCCCAAAUCCUAACUUACAACAGCUUUCAGGACAGCCUCCAGGACCUGGAUAUCAUCCUCAGCAAGGUCACUAUGGUCCUCAGAUGGCAGCAUCUCAGCUGUCUUAUCCUGGUGCUUUUCCUGGGGGUCCAGCACAGCUCUCAGGUCCACAGCAGAAGAAACUUGAUCCUGACUCUAUUCCAAGCCCAAUUCAAGUAAUUGAAAAUGAUAAGGCUUCUAGGGGAGGGCAGAUCUAUGCUACAAAUACAAGAGGACAGGUUCCUCCUCUUGUCACCACAGACUGCAUAAUCCAAGACCAAGGCCAUGCCAGCCCUCGUUAUGUCCGAUGUACUACCUACUGCUUUCCAUCAUCUUCAGAUAUGGCCAAACAGGCUCGCAUUCCACUGGCAGCUGUCAUCCAGCCUUUUGCUGUUGUUCCACCAAAUGAG